UAAGUAGUUGAACUAGCGAAUAAACAACGACGUGUUUACUGCGACCGGCUCUCUAGUCAUUUGGCAGCAGGCAGGCGGAAGGCGCACACACACUAAAUCCAAAUCGAAUUGGCGGACAGACAGAUAUACAUAGACCAUACAUUAUAGACCAUUGAUCAUAGACCGGCGAUGAGUAGCGAUAAGGACGGUGAUAUCUUGCGGCCACUUAGCGAUAGCGAAGUGGACGAACUGCUCGAUCUGUACAAAGCCAAGUUCGGGGUAAAGAACUUCCACUACCUACUGCUGUACAACCAGCGGAAGUGGGACCGCCAGCUAGGCGAGGCUCAGAUACCGCGCGACGAUCCAAACUACAUAUCCCUAAGGAAGCAGUUCUACACCCAUCGAAAGGGAAACUUCUGGGAGUGGGGCACAUAUGUGAGCCUCCAUCGGGACAUCGUGCAGAGCGUCUCCUUCUUCAGCUGGCAGCCAGAUGGCGCUGCGGAGCUGUGGGAGUGCCUGGAGCACACGCAGCUCAUCGAGUGGACACAGGGUGCCCUGCUGACGAACGUGGACCUGGGAUUUUGUGAUCGGGUGAAGGAGUUGGCCGUCCGACGCGGAGUCACCUCGAUUCAGCCUCGCCAGUGCUUCGGGAUGGUUUUGUCGCACGAGGAUGCCUUGGGCGCAGAAGUUCCAGAGCUGCUCUCCGAGUUCGACAUCCGGCGGCUGCGGGACGAGGAUGCGGACAUGGUGCACGAUUCCUGGCCCAACAAGGGUGAGGGCUCACUCACCUAUCUCCGGGCGCUCAUCCGCUUCAACAAAUCCUUGGGCGUCUGCCGAAGCGACACUGGGGAGCUGAUUGCCUGGAUCUUCCAGAACGACUUUUCCGGACUGGGCAUGCUGCAAGUGCUGCCCAAGGCGGAGCGCAGAGGACUAGGUGGCCUCCUGGCCGCUGCGAUGACCCGACGAAUUGCCCGGGGUGAGGAGGUCACCCUCACGGCCUGGAUUGUGGCCACUAACUGGCGGUCGGAGGCGCUGCUCAAGCGGAUCGGGUACCAGAAAGGGCUGGUCAAUGAGUGGAUCAAGUUGGUACCGAAUUCUUCAUAG